CCGAGCUCCAAGCCUUAUCCGCUGCUAUCCUUCGGAUACCUUGCUGUACCUUCACAUUCGACCAAAGUUGGCUCAUGCUGAAUUCCUUGCUCAGGCGGUAGGCAGGCCACUGCUUGAUUGCGAAGAUUCCCGAUUGACACCAUUCCAUCCCUCUCUUCACCACUGCCAUCACCUCCGACGAUACCAAUAAACACCCAACACCCACUUCAUCCCCGCAUCUUUCCUCGAGACUACGCAACCUGCUACCUAGUACUCUAUACUUUGGGAAUAACCACACCGACCCUCCCACCGUCAAAAUGUCUGCCUCGCCCUCCGCCUCCAACCCUUCCCUCACCACCUCCGCCUACAUGGUCUCCUCCCGCGACCGAUCCUACUCCUCCGCCUCCGACGACGACAUCGCCUCUCUCCCCUCCGAAAGUACCUCCGUCUCCGACCUCGAUACCCUCUCAGAUUACUCCGACGCGGAGGAGGAAUGGCGCGAAAGUCUGGAGCAGUUAGAGAUGCUUCUGACCAUGGUGUUCGUUCCGUUCGUGGGGAAGUAUCUGGGCCGGAAAUGCGCUUAUUGGAGUUGGACGAGAUUCAUGGAGUGGAAGUACCCCGUUGAGGUGGUCGUAAGCAACAAGGCUGCCUUCAAGGGAGCCGGGGCUGUGGGGGCUCUCUCCCCUCUAUAAGCGAUAGUGGAAACAAAAGGGGAGGGGUUUAUAUAUGGGAAGGGAUUCUCGCGCUGUCUAUAUCCGAGGGUCUAUACCGUUGCAGCAUCCUAUUCUUGUAGUGAAAGGAGUUUCGCGAUGGUAUCAGGCGAACCUUUUCCCUUUUCUCGGAGCAGCCCCUCAGAUGCUUUUUGAGGGGCUUGGUCACUUGGAUAUAUCUUGCGCCUCCAAAAAAUGUCCAGUGAAUAGGAGAUUUUCCUCUGGAGAUAACAGGUCUGAUCUCUGGUGUUGAGUUCAUAGCAUAGCAUAUUUGUUUGUUUAUUUAGAAAGGUAUACCCCAAAUAUCAGCCUUACUUAGGGCUUA